AUGAACACUCCCGUAACCAUUGACAAACACAGGAAGAUAGGUGUUCCAGACAUCGACAACGACGACGAGAGAGUCAUCUUGGUUUCUUCAGACUGCCAUGAGUUCAUCAUCGCCAAAAAAGCUGCUUCCAUUUCUCCUACCUUGAAGGCAAUGUUGGACUCUUCCUUUCAAGAAUCAAAAUCAAAUCAAAUUCAAUUGCCUGAUAUCGACUCUCAGCUAAUGGAUGUCAUUGUGGAAUACAUGUACUACAAUCUAAAAUAUAAAGAUGAUCCUUCCAAAGCUCCCAAAUUCGAUAUUCCCAUCGAAAUGCUAUUGGAAGUAUUAGUCGCUGCCGAUUAUUUGAACAUUUAA